GAGGAGACGGAGUAUUCUACCUUGUAAAUACUGUUAUUUGUAUAUACUGUAAAUGAUGACGUCGGUGGGCACUAACCGAGCCCGGGGAAACUGGGAACAACCUCAAAACCAAAACCAGACACAGCACAAGCAGCGGCCACAGGCCACUGCGGAACAAAUUCGACUUGCACAGAUGAUUUCAGACCAUAAUGAUGCUGACUUUGAGGAAAAGGUGAAACAAUUGACUGAUAUCACAGGCAAGAACCAGGAUGAAUGUGUCAUUGCUUUGCAUGACUGCAAUGGAGAUGUCAACAGAGCCAUCAAUGUCCUACUGGAAGGAAACCCAGAUACGCAUUCGUGGGAGAUGGUCGGGAAGAAGAAGGGCGUCUCAGGACAGAAGGAUGGUGGCCAAACGGAAUCCAACGAGGAAGGCAAAGAAAAUCGAGACCGUGACAGAGACUAUAGUCGGCGACGUGGCGGGCCACCAAGACGAGGGAGAGGUGCCAGCCGUGGACGAGAGUUUCGGGGUCAGGAAAAUGGAUUAGAUGGCACCAAGAGUGGAGGGCCUUCUGGAAGAGGCACAGAAAGAGGCAGAAGAGGACGUGGCCGAGGCAGAGGUGGCUCUGGUACGCGAGGAGGAAGGUUUUCUGCUCAAGGAAUGGGAACCUUUAACCCAGCUGAUUAUGCAGAGCCGGCCAAUACUGAUGAGAACUAUGGCAAUAACAGCGGCAAUACGUGGAACGACACUGGCCACUUCGAACCAGAUGAUGGGACGAGUGCGUGGAGGACUGCAACAGAGGAGUGGGGAACUGAAGAUUGGAAUGAAGAUCUGUCUGAGACCAAGAUCUUCACUGCCUCUAAUGUGUCUUCAGUGCCUCUGCCUGCGGAGAAUGUGACAGUCACUGCUGGUCAGAGAACUGACCUUGCUGUUUUGUUGGGGAAGACACCAUCUUCAGUGGAGAAUGAUUCAUCUAAUCUGGAUCCAUCUCAGGCUCCUUCUCUUGCCCAGCCUCUGGUGUUCAGUAACUCAAAGCAGAGUGCCAUAACACAGCCUGCUUCCGGAAACACAUUUUCUCAUCACAGUAUGGUGAGCAUGUUAGGGAAAGGAUUUGGUGAUGUCGGCGAAGCCAAAGGUGGCAGCACCACGGGCUCGCGGUUCUUGGAGCAGUUCAAGACUGCUCAGGCCCUGGCCCAGUCGGCGGCACGGCAUUCUCAGUCUGGAACCACCACCACCUCUUCUUGGGACAUGGGCUCCGCCUCAAAGUCCCCAUCGCUGGUGCAGUACGAUUUGAAGAACCCAAAUGAUUCAACAGUACACAGCCCCUUUACUAAACGCCAGGCAUUCACCCCAUCGUCAACCAUGAUGGAGGUGUUCCUUCAGGAGAAGCCACCCGCAGUGGUUACCUCCACAGCCGCACCUCCGCCCCCCUCUUCUCCUUUGCCAAGCAAAUCCACCUCGGCCCCACAGCUGUCUCCCGGGUCUUCAGACAACCAGUCCUCUAGCCCUCAGCCGGCUCAGCAAAAAUUGAAACAACAGAAGAAAAAGGCCUCCUUGACUUCAAAGAUUCCUGCUCUGGCUGUGGAGAUGCCUGGCUCAGCAGAUAUCUCAGGGCUAAACCUGCAGUUUGGGGCAUUGCAGUUUGGGUCAGAGCCCGUCCUUUCCGAUUAUGAGUCCACCCCCACCACGAGCGCCUCUUCAAGCCAGGAAUGA